UUGCGUUCAACGCAGAAAUACCUCCGAGCUACGGUAAACAUCCCCCGCUGCACGUGCGAUGGCAGCUCUUUCGGUUGGUGCUACCACCCUGAUCCUGAAGAUGUCGAAGAAAUUGAGUUACGAGGAGUUUAUCCCGGUCUUGCAGCGGCUGUCCAAGAUGGCUGUUCCAGAAAUAGCCUAUCACUUUGACUUGGUUCACUUGCCCUGGAAGAAGCUCGCGGUGAUCAACUUCACCUCGCCUCAAACCUGCGCGAAGUGUUUCCAGAUCUUCUCCAUGAUUGCUGGGAAGGAGGGAUCGGUAAUCUCCGACCUGAAGGAAGCACAACAUCAAGGGCUGGCUCCGAACUUGGCUCUGUUUUGCUUGCGCUCCAUGGACUUUGUUCACCAGCACAAGCCGCAGGUCUUCUUCAAUGGCCUGGAGGUGCCCCUGCCCUUGGCGUGUAAACAGCUGGUCACACCUGAGCUGAUGCGGUUGGUUGCUACUCAGAGCUCUGCGGAGCAGCGCAGCUCCGAGUCGGGGGAUGAUGUCGUGCCCCCUCCGGGCCUGGAGAAGAUGAUUUCAGCCCCCGUCCGUGGAUACAUCAAAGAGCCGUCGUACAUGCCGCCAUGGAGCUGCAUUGGAUACGGCGGCACUUUGGUCUUCGAGCUGUGAGUCGAGUUGAGUUGCGCUCACCGCGGAUCGCACAGGGAAUAGGCAGAGGUGUCGACAGGAUGAUUUCAGGAUUAGAUGGUUUGGAGGAAUCCCCAUUUUAGGAAACCUCCAAGUGGGGAUAUUCA